ACGUUGAGGGGGAGUAGCCAAAGCCGAGGCAGCAAAAACAUCACAGCACAUUCCUGGGUAGUCCUCAGCUGCCAGCAUCUGAUUAAAACCAUAUCUCUCGCUGUGAGUGGCUAACUAAACAGAAGGGUCGAGUAGGACUGAAUAUUUAAGAGGACACGUCGUGGCAGCUUAUUUGCCGGUGAUAGGAUCAUGUACCGAGCGGCUCAGAUCUAGCCUUGUCAAAAUAGUAUGCCUAUCCACUGAGGAUUGCUAACUGGAUUCCAGUCGCAUUAUCAAGUGCAGCAUUUGCUCCUGGAGUUGAGGCUGGCCUCUCACCAUGUCGAAUGAAGCAGAAACAACUAGUGUAAACAAUCAGCCUGCCCAGCAACAGGCACCACCAAAAGCACAGCCUUCCAAAAAGGAGAAAAAGAAAGGACCGGAAAAGACAGAAGAAUUCCUCUUGGCCAGAUUUCAAGGUGAUGGUGUAAGAUACAAGGCCAAACUGAUUGGCAUUGAUGAUGUUCCAGAAGCAAGGGGAGACAAGAUGAGUCAAGAUUCAAUGAUGAAGCUAAAGGGAAUGGCAGUAGCAGCUCGUUCUCAAGGACAGCACAAACAGAAAAUAUGGGUGAACAUCUCUCUUACUGGGAUCAAAAUCAUAGAUGAGAAGACAGGGGUCAUUGAGCAUGAGCACCCAGUCAACAAAAUCUCCUUUAUAGCUCGGGAUGUGACUGACAACCGUGCCUUUGGCUAUGUUUGUGGAGGAGAAGGGCAGCACCAGUUUUUUGCCAUUAAAACAGCACAGCAGGCUGAACCUCUAGUUGUAGAUCUGAAGGAUCUCUUCCAAGUAAUCUAUAACAUCAAGAAAAAAGAAGAGGGUGACAAGCGAAAGAAUGAAGAGGCCAAUAAACCUGCUGAGAAUGGUGGUGAUGAAACAACUAUGGAUCAAGUUGGCAAAAUAAAGCUGGGUGUUGACCAGAUGGAUCUGUUUGGAGACAUGUCUACUCCUCCUGACCUGAACAGCCCCUCAGAGGAGGAUAAAGAGAUCCUGUUAGUGGAUUUAAACUCUGAAAUUGAGGCCCCUCCAGCUUCUCUCAAAGAGGAGGAUCUUUUCUUGAAUGACAUCACGCCUCCCCUACCACUGUCCAAGCCGCAGCCACCUUUCUUGCCUGACAAUGCUUUUUCUGCAAACCUCAGUUUCUUCCCUACCCCCAAUCCUGACCCUUUCAGAGAUGACCCUUUCACGCAGCCUGACCAAUUGGCACGCCCCCCACUUGAUUCUUCUCUGAAGCCUCCCGGUCAGAAGAUGGGAACCCUUGUGACUAGCCCCACGGGGAGUGGUGGUAUGAAUGGGGAUGUAGACUAUUUUGGGCAACAGUUUGACCAGAUUUCCAACCGAACUGGCAAGCAGGAAAUGCAGGCCAGCCAGUGGCUGCUUGAGAGUAAGCCGACCCAGCUAGCCACGAGGACUCCAAAUGGGGUGCCGGAGAGAGAACAGAACGGCUUCCCUGCCGCAUCCCCAGUCAAUGUCUUCCUGGAGAGUUCUUCCAAAGGAUUACCUGUGCAAAAUGGAUUACGGCUAGACUCGGAUAGCAACAUCCCAUUGACGUCACAUGACUCUAUAACGAUUAACCCACCUCCCCAAAGCACCAAGCCGGGAAGAGGAAGGAGGACUGUUAAGAGUACAGCCAAUGACUUGUUUGGCUCAGACAUCUUUGCUCCUGGACUUUCUGCAACAAGCACUCUGACAACUGCAGCACAGCCUUCACCUGCACAGACCAGCCCUCUAGACAUCUUCCAAACAAGUGCCCCUACAGCAGCAACCAUGCCUGUACUAGGUGGCCUGCCUACAACGGCUUCCCCAACACCAGGGUGGGGUCCCCAAUCUGCAGUCUUCAGCCAGCCAUCUGCAGCCUUUCCUGGUUCUGUUUUGAGUGCUCAGCCAGCCAGCUUUAUUCCACCUCUUGGUUUUGGUGCCACUCCACAAGUUCCUAGCUGGAAUCAGCCCACGUCGUCCUUGGGAGCCCCAAUCCAGCCUCCAGCUCCUGAUCUCUGGGGUCAGCCUGUACGAGUUUCUCCUAAUGCGUGGGUGCAGCCCUCCACCACUGGAAACCCUUUCCAGCCCAACAUAUUCCCACCUACACUAGCAGCCCAGAACCCAUCUAUGUUGUCUUCUAUAAGUCCUCCUCCUCAGCUGCCUCCCAGAACUGCACCUCAAAAGGAGUUGCCCAAGAAGGAAAGUGAUGCCUUCACUGCUCUGGAUCCCCUUGGUGAUAAAGAAAUAAAGGAUGUAAAAGCAAUGUUCAAAGACUUCCAGCUGACAAAGCCACCCGCUGUUCCUGCAAGAAGGGCAGAGCAGCAACAACAACAACAAGUGCCACCAAAGCCUGUUCCCAGGCAAAAUGCUGUGCCACCUGUCAAGCCUCCUGAAGACCUAUUUGAAAACCCUUUCAAGGUGGAUCCUUUUGCUGUCCCAUCACAAAAUUCAACUGCAGUUCAGCUUCAGCUGGCUUCUGCUCCAUUUGAUGAUCCUUUUGGAAAUCCGUUUGCAUAAGCAAGAAGCGAGUGUAAAAUCAGCAAAGGAAUAACUGGAUUGCUGCGGUGCAAGAAUGUGAUGAAUAACUGGAUACCCAGCUGUAUUGCUGUCUUCAUUCUUCAAGCAUUAUCUGCCUCAUUCUUCAUCAUCCACUUUUGGAUCACAGUUCGUUCCACUCAGUCCUUGGAUCAUAACCAUCAGAAGCCAAGGAAGGAAUCUGCUAGAGACCAAACUGGAACUGAUGGUGAACUUCAGCCCUAUGUGGAUUUAAGUAACUGAACACUAAUGGUGUCUCCUAGUCCUUUAACCACCUUCACGUUUUUGUCAAGGCUUGGAUGCACUUAAUUAUAAAUUGGAUGAGAAACUGCACAGACUAGUAUUCACCUCCACUCAAGGGAAGAGAAGCAUGAUCGUAAUUUGCAGCACUGCGUCAACUAGAACAUGAAAUGGUCACAAGUUCUCCUCCCAGGCUUAACUGCAAGCUUUAAUAACUGAACAGAACUCAAUUUCACACCCUUCCUGCCCCCCCCCCCAGUAAUGUAAAGGUGAAGCCAUGUUUGUAUAGUUAAGAAAAUGAUUGAAUACUUUGGCUUGUAACGGGAGAGUUGUAAAAGUGUAAUGAGUUAUUGUAAUGUUCAUGCAGUCUGGCUGUGAUUAUCGUUGAGAGCCAUGCACUCACAACGUCUUGUCCAGGAUGGUUUGAAGUGAAUUGGGUUUUUUCUAAAGCAUCUGGUGUGUGAGAGUAUUGACCUCUAGCAAGAUUCCGUUUCCAUACUUGAGCCAUUAUUGAGAAAAGGAUGGAUACAGAAAUAGAAGGGUAUCCUUUUUAAAAAAAUUAAAAAGCCAGUGAAUGUACUAUCACUUGUAAAAUUGAAAAGCAAUUAGACUUGGAACAAGUAAAAAUUGCAGUCAUGGCAAUGAAGAUAUGGUAUAGCUAGAACUUGAUGCAGAGAGAUAAUGCAUUAAAACAAGAGGCUUCAUAACAAAUUGGGCAGAACCAAUGCAGGAGCAGUGUAUAUGUGUCUCUCCAUUACAGCAUUUAUCAAUAUAAACUUGAAAAUGGUAUCCAUGUUUAAAUGGUAAGGUAAAUGCACAAUUGGAGAUCUGCUUACUAGUAAAUACUAUGUCUGUAGUGACCUGUUCUGCCAGUAAGUUAUGCAAUCUGCUCUGUACAUACUCUACUGCACUUUCCUGUAAUGCAAAAAAGCUAUCGAUUUAUGUUGUUUUUUUUCUCCGACUGGAAAUGUAGGAAUUCUUGGAUUGUGUUACAUUGUAAAAAGUAGUAAAAUAUUCUGACAAUUAAAUGUAACUUCAUUUCAAA